AUGGUCGAAGCCAGGCAGUCCCCAAACCCCAAUGAGAUUACAGCAUUGAGAACAAAACUCCCCCCGCAGCCGGGGAACACUGGGCGAUGGGGACAGACAUCCCAGGACAAGACCUGGAAGUAUCUCUGCCUCUUCGUGUCCCUGACCCUGCUUCUCGUGGUCAUUAUCUCCAGUGUGGUCCUGUCUGAAGUACUGAAGAGGACAAAACAAAUGCAGAAGGAAGUCUUCCAACUCAAAGAAAAAGUAUCUCAGGGACUGGGAGAUGCUGGGCACGACCGGGACUUCAUGCGGGGAGAAGUGUUCCGACAAAUGAAGGCUGUACUGGCAGGCAACGAAACCUCUUGUGAGCCUUGCCCCCUGGGCUGGAAGGUCUUUCAGGGCUCCUGCUACUUCUUCUCCCCGGACAAGCUCACCUGGACCCAGGCUAAUGAUUCUUGUGUCCAGAAGCAAGCUCACCUGGUUGUCAUCAACAGCCGAACAGAGCAGGAUUUCCUGACAUCAACUGGGCAGGUGACAUCCUGGAUAGGCCUUUUCAAAGAGGGCCAGAAAGGCAACCAUAAGUGGAUGGAUGGCUCAACCCCCACCUACAUCAACUGGGACUCCAAGGAACUACAUGAUAAUAUAACUGCCCCAGCCUGCAUGCUGAUGCACAGCUAUGGACAUUGGAGUGACUUCUCUUGUGAAUUAGGGAGAUUUGCUUUCAUUUGUGAGAGGCGCCAGAACUGCUGA